AUGGGCUGGGUAUAUAAUCUCGCCACUCCGAACGCGCCAACUAACGCGCCUCAACUGGUUGCAAUCCUGUCUAUAUUUGCGAUUGCGGCCUUGUUGGCAGUCUUGCUCAGAUUCUACGCACGUUUUUACACCAACAGGAAGCCGUGGAUUGAUGAUUAUACCUCACUGGUCAGCACGCUCUUGUUGAUCGCGUACUGUAGCUUGGCUAUAGGUCAAACACGAUGGGGUCUAGGCCUCAGUCCAGCCGACUUUCCACCUGAAGAUAUUAUUCCUUUCGGAAAAAUCCAAUAUGCCGGUGGUCCCAUCUACACGCUCGCUCUUCUCGGUUUCAAAUUAGCCCUAUUAACCUCCUACCUCCGUAUCGGCGGCUUUGUUCUAUUUUACAGAAGGAUAUUAUACGGUCUUAUCGUUAUUUGUAUCUGUAACUCGAUCACGUUUACACUUUUAAUUUGCUUCACUUGCAUUCCGCCAGCAAAAAUCUGGGAUUCAAAUGUUCCUGGAUACUGUGUCAAUGCUAUUGCGGCUUAUUAUGCGAUCGCCGGAUCUAGUCUUGGCCUUGAUGUACUCAUCAUUAUCCUCCCCAUCCCAGUCCUAUUGAAAUUGAGGUUGAACUACAAGCAAAAGCUGGUCCUUGUGGGAAUGUUUGCCACAGGAUUCUUCGUGACCGUCAUUCAAAUCAUCCGAAUCUUCACCAUCAAAAAUCUCCAAGCAUAUACCGACAGUGCCGCCAUUAUCAUCUGGUCUGCUAUUGAAAUCAGCCUUGGCAUAAUCGUCCCCUGCAUCCCAACCUACGCGCCCCUUGUCCGCUCAAUGGCCAUCGCUUCCGGCAUCGGCUCCAGUCCCGAGCCUUCUCGACCAUGGCAAUCCCAUGACACGCCCCAAUACAGCAAUCCCAGGAGCGGCGGAGGGUCUGGAUUAGGAGGGAAAAGAGACAAAUUCUCAGCCAUCCGUUCUACCGAUAUGGCAUAUGACAUGCACACAUUUGCAACCGUUAUAACUAACCAUCACGACCAUGGUGAUAGGUCUUCUGAAGAAGCGAUUAUUCAUAGGGGUGCUACUGAUGCGCUAUCACAUGCCGAUGAUGAUAUGAGUAGGGAUGAUCGGUUUCAGAUUCAGGCGACGACAACGGUAAAGGUUGAGAGUCAUAGAUUAGGUGAUGAUCGCGACGAGUUUCAUCUUUCGCACCGGCUCUGA